GUGAGUGAGUGUGGAGUCGCGAGCGCGGGUGGUGAUCUGUGCUGAGUCUGUCAGGCACCAUUGAGCCUCCGGAGCAGCCGACAAUGCCCAACAUCAAGAUCUUCAGCGGCAGUUCGCAUCCAGAUUUAUCGCAGAAAAUUGCUGAUCGGUUGGGGCUGGAGCUUGGGAAGGUGGUGACGAAAAAAUUCAGCAACCAGGAGACAUGUGUCGAGAUCGGGGAGAGUGUGCGUGGAGAAGACGUGUACAUUGUCCAGAGUGGGUGUGGUGAGAUAAAUGACAAUUUGAUGGAGUUGUUAAUCAUGAUAAACGCGUGUAAAAUAGCCUCAGCAUCCCGAGUGACGGCCGUCAUCCCCUGCUUCCCCUACGCCCGCCAGGACAAGAAGGAUAAGGUGGGGAGUCGUGCCCCAAUCUCUGCUAAGCUGGUGGCAAACAUGCUGUCUGUAGCAGGUGCCGAUCACAUCAUCACCAUGGACCUACACGCCUCCCAAAUACAGGGUUUUUUCGACAUCCCUGUGGACAAUCUCUACGCCGAGCCGGCGGUUCUCAAGUGGAUCCGAGAAAAUAUAAACGAAUGGAAAAACUGUACCAUCGUUUCUCCCGAUGCUGGAGGAGCGAAGAGGGUGACCUCCAUAGCAGAUCGUCUGAACGUGGACUUCGCCCUGAUCCAUAAGGAGAGGAAGAAGGCGAAUGAAGUGGACCGCAUGGUUCUGGUCGGAGACGUCAAAGACAGAGUCGCCAUCUUGGUGGACGACAUGGCGGACACCUGCGGUACAAUCUGCCACGCUGCGGAGAAGUUAGUGUCUGCUGGUGCGACUAAAGUCUACGCCAUUCUGACACACGGGAUCUUCUCUGGACCUGCGAUCUCCCGCAUAAACAACACCAACUUCGAGGCCGUGGUUGUCACGAACACAAUUCCUCAAGAGGAUAAGAUCAAACAAUGUGACAAGAUCCAGGUGAUCGACAUCUCGAUGAUUCUGGCUGAAGCGAUCAGACGAACCCACAACGGAGAGUCGGUGUCCUACCUGUUCAGCCAUGUACCUUUAUAACGCACACACACACAGACUUGGAUACACUUCCUUGUCGAUAUUUAAUUAUUAAACAAAGAUAUUAACCUAAGAAAUGAUGAUAAUCAUGAUCACACACUCAUAUCCUUGGAUCAUGAACAUGUCCCUCAACCCUGUCGUAGAUGUGUGGCUUUAUUCAGUAAUUUAUGAUGUUUUGUCGCAGUGUGUCUUGAAGAUACAUUUCUCUAGUGAACAGAACUCUGGCUUUGCUCCAAAAUGUCAAUUUAUGUUGCGCUGCCUGAAAACUCUCCCUUGCUCGGCAGCGUCAUUGUGAAUAGAGCACGAUAAUAAUGUACAGUAAUUGUGUGUGUUCAGGCCGAAUCUGGAGUUGAGUGUUACUCAGCAUCAUUUAACGUUUUUGUUUUUUUUGUUUGUUUAGGAAAGAAUAUAAAUCGCAUGUGAAUCUGUUCCAGUGUGUUACAUGUGAUUGGUUGAUGGAUGAACAUGAAAGACGUGCUCGGAAUCAUGACAUCGUUCGGUUCUGUUGCACAAGCUGACAUUGCUGACAUGUACAGCGCCUCCUAUGGGUCAUGGUGGGGAUUUUUUGUGUGUGUGUGUGCGUGUGUGUCUGAACGGGAAUGCAGAAGUAGCUAAAAGAAAAUUCCCCACCAUGACCCUUAGGGGGUGCCAUGUGUAUUCAAAGUAGAAAUUUAUUAUCAACACCAAUUCCUGUUUUCUCCUCCAGUUUGAAACUUUAGGAUGUGGACCCUUAGUGGGCGGGGCUAUACCACAGACAAGCUUCCAGUAUAUAUUCUUAUAUAUAAACUCCUGCUGCCUUCGAUGUAGCUCGCCACAUCAGAACUCAGAACGACGUUAUUUCUGCGCUAACAUUAGCGAACAGUGAUAAGUGACGUAUAUUACUGCUGCACUGAUUUCCAUUACCUGUUAGCAUCGUCGCCCCAGAGCCGAAGAGAAAUGACGCGUGUUGAAAUGUUUCCUGUAAAAAUGUCGUUAUUCUUAUGGCAGCUGUUUUUCUUUAAGAAGCUUUUGUCCUGGACUGAACAUUCAGGUGUUGUGUUUUUUUUUUUUUAAAGUGUGCACUAGAGAGAUAAGUGCAAGGUCUAUUUUUGUAUGAGUAUAGUUUAGAUGUUAAAUGUUUUUAUGAUGCUCAUGUUUUAUGUUUAUACACCGCUCAAAGGUGUCUCUUUUCGCAAGUGCCUUUACACACGCACACGCAAUUGCAUGUUUGGUUCUUGGGUUUAACUUGGACGAUGGAUCGAACUGCACGUUUUACUUCCAUCCGUUAUUGUGUUUGUGCAGUGGGUGGAGCUUCAGGUAAUCAGGCUGCCUGCUGCUCCACCAAUCAGAUUUCAGCAUGUAACUUUACCUGAAUGCCAUACAAUAAAUCAUCUCAAAUUCA